UCACUAAAACUGACUGGAGACCAGCCUAACCCCAACUCUAAAACACCGACUGCGGUCCGCUGCAUCUUCUCUACCGGCAACGUGGCAACACUCAAGACUUCAAAGUUGUUGUUUUUUUAGUUUUUUUUUUACAUGUACUUUACAAUCCGAGGACACGUUUAGUCGUUUGGAAAUGAGAAAAAGUUCCAAUAGAAUUUUUUUCUGUGCGAAUUAGACUGAAGAUGGACGUGAUUUCUUUUUUUUCCAGCCUUGUGGGACUGCAGCUGUCAAACUCCUCAGGGCGUGCUCCGCUGUUUCCUCAGCUCCCUGAGAAUACUCAGCCUGGGAUACACAAUGCAAAUACAACGAAGGUGAAGGAUUCAUAGUAUGAUUUAGAUUUUAAAUGUUCCUUUAGUAAGGUUUUUUCUCUCUAAUUGGGAUCAUUUACACUCUUUUUAGCACUGGUUUAUGUGCAGCAACAACACAUGGGCGACGGUAUUUUGUGAACUUUAUCCUCUUGUUAUCAUGCCAACUUGUUAUCAGCUGUUGUUGGGUUUCCUGUGAAAUGAUGUGGCAGCCGUGGAUGUACUUUGACUUCAUCUGGCAUGUACGAACUGAAAGAACCUAAACAAAACACAUUGAACCUGUGUGGAUUUUGCUUUGAAACAAGGAUUUCUUUGAGACAGAAUUUCCUACCUUAACAGGGAGGACUGAUCUUGUGUGAGGGUUCAUCAUGGAUCUGAGAGGUAACAGAGAUGCCACCCUGCCCAACUCUGGCCGUCACUCCCACAUAACAAAAGACAAAGAGGACCACUACAGGUAUUCUCAGCAGGACAGGGACCAGAACUACCCACUGCAGAACCCUAGAGUGAGGAACAGGCACUGGGCUCAGGCGGAUGCCCGCUACAGGGCUCAUUUCACCGGUCCUCCUGCCAGACCAGAGCAGUAUCCCCACAACACUCAGCAGUUUCCUUAUGGCUUUGGCCGUCCGGAACACCAAAGACCCCAGUCCAGGCAUGGGUAUGACUAUCCACCCCAGAGCCACUGGGACUACAGAGACAACUAUGGUUAUUAUGACCAUGACUACUAUAGAGGACAUCAUGGACAACAAGCUACUGGCCAGUGGGGUCCCCAAGACUCUUUGAGAACUGGUCGUUACCAUGACAAUAGAUACAAGCUGGAACAUUCAGCAGGCUCCUACACUGAGGACUACAGGUAUGACCAAAGCAGAGACAACUCCCAGAAUUACCUCAAUGACUAUGAGGAUAAUCCCUCCAGAGACAAUGAAGAGGUUUCCUCUUAUUACCCGGGGACAUUAGAAAGUUCCAAAAACUCAGGGUUAUCCUCCAGCAGCUAUGAGCUAAGUCAGUACAUCAAUGGAGCUGAACACAGUGAGCCUGUUGCACAAUCUGUUUACACAUCUGAUGCAGAGCACGGACCGAUGCAUCAGAUGGCAGCUCCUCUGAAAUACUCAAUCCCUCAUGCGGUUGUCAGCUUUGGGCCAGCAGGCCAACUGAUACGGGUCACUCCACGCUUGUCCACGCAAGAGAAUGUCAGCCAGCUGGAAAUUCACAGUCUGGAAAUAAUUCUGGGUGAGACAAAGGAACAGCAGGAAAUGAGAAGCUUCCCAGGGCCCUUAACUAGGGAAGAUUUGCACAAAGUAGAUGCUAUAGAGUUCGCCCACCAGAGGGCAGGCGCCUGCAUGAGUGAUGACAAGCUGCGUGAUAAGAGUUCUGCUGCUCUCUUGUGGAAUUUACUCAUCCUGCUCUGCAGGCAGAAUGGACAAAUAGUUGGCUCAGAUAUCGCAGAGCUGCUGAUGCAGGACUCCCAUUCAGAUGGAAGCUGGGUACCGGAGGCUCCAACACUCAUUGACUUCAGUGAGGGCACAACUGCUGAAACACUGCCUUGCACAGGAGAUGAUCUCCUCACAGAAAACUGGAGCAGCUUGAGGUCUGAGACCUCUGAGACCAACCUGCAGAACUACACUCAACUGCUGCUUUCUGGAAGAAAGAAGGAGGCCUUGGAGUCAGCUAUGAGCAGCGGCCUGUGGGGACAUGCACUUUUUCUGGCCAGCAAAAUGGACAACAGAUCCUACACCACUGUGCUGAACAGGUUUACAGGCCAGCUAACAGCCAGUGAUCCCCUCCAGACUCUCUUCCACCUGCUGAAUGGGAGAAUCCCUGCUGUAGCCGUGUGUUGUGGAAAUGAAAAAUGGGGAGACUGGAGGCCCCAUCUAGCUGUUAUGCUCUCCAAUGAGACAGGAGAUCCUGCCAUCCAACAAAAGGCCGUCGUCACUAUGGGAGACACACUCGCCUCCAAAGGCCUAAUACAUGCCGCCCAUGUGUGCUACUUGACAGUUAGUUUUCCCUUUGGGGUAUUCACACAAAAGGCAGAAAGACUAGUGCUUCUAGGCAGCAGUCACAGGCAAUCCUUUGAAUACUUUGCCACAAACCUUGCCAUCCAGUGCACUGAAUUGUAUGAGUACUGCCAGAGACUUGGAGGCAAAUGCCUUUCAAUAAUAUCCUUUCAGGUGUAUAAGUUUCUGUAUGCCUGUCGACUGCUAGAUUGUGGGUAUGCAUCUCAGGCCUUUCACUACUGCGAGGUGAUAGGACAGGUGAUCCUCAGACAGAGGGAGCCUUUCUUUGUGCUGACUGGAGAGGUUAUUAAGCUGUCAGACAGGCUGAGACACUCUGAGGGUCCGUUCAGUGAAGCAGGUGUUAGCGGAGCCAGGCAGGAACCCGACUGGCUGAAACAGCUCCGUGCUAGGCACCACAGUUUACAGACGGUGAGUUACAACUGAUGUACACUUCAAAAUCAAGUCAUAAUUUCUAUACAUUUUUUCAAUUAUUAUGUGAGCUACUUCACAAUCUUUCACUGUACAUAUACCCAUGGGAAUCACUGAUCUACGCAACUGCCCACUGACUUAAUUAUCAGAUUCUCACUACUCCUUCAGUAUCUGUUAUACUAUUUGCUGCAAGAAAAUUAACUACAUGUAUUAUGUUAUUUAGAAUUAUAAAUCCUGCUAUUAUCUUUUUAAAAUCUCAAGUACACU